CAUGCCCUCGUCCCGUCAGUGUCCCGUCGCUGCAUUUCCGGUGUGUGCACACAAAAUUUGGGAAGAAUUUCGUGGCCGUCGUCUCCCCUCGCCCGCCAGCCGACGAGGAAUCGCGAGCCUAACGGUCAUCGGAUUAUCUCGCUCGCCUUCGUGACAGUGCUCGAUCCAGACGAUUAGACGUCGCUACCUCGACGUAAACAGAUUCUCGAGUGGGUGCGUGCUUUUAACGUGACGCGGUCAAGCGACGUUCCCAGUAUCGCCGAGAGCAUCGGCUACUUCAGGUCGGUCGCCUUCCACCGCGCCGCGUCACACUCCCUGCGCAUCCGGAGACGCUGAAAGAAAGACUAAAAACAUGGGAUGCAAUGCGGGCCGAUGCCUCGGUCCAGACGAUACGGGGUACCCUGGAUCAGGAUUCAUGGCAGCAAUUAGGAAGAAGUUGGUUAUUGUGGGUGACGGUGCUUGCGGUAAAACAUGUCUACUCAUAGUGUUCAGCAAAGACCAGUUCCCUGAAGUAUACGUGCCGACAGUAUUCGAGAAUUAUGUCGCGGACAUCGAAGUGGACGGCAAGCAAGUGGAACUGGCUCUUUGGGACACAGCUGGUCAGGAAGACUACGACAGGCUGCGUCCGUUGUCGUAUCCGGACACGGACGUCAUCCUAAUGUGCUUCUCCAUCGACAGUCCCGAUUCCUUGGAGAACAUUCCCGAGAAGUGGACACCAGAGGUGAAGCACUUCUGCCCGAACGUGCCCAUUAUCCUUGUGGGAAACAAAAAGGACCUGCGCAAUGAUCCAAAUACUAUCAAGGAGCUCAGCAAGAUGAAGCAGGAGCCGGUCAAGCCCGAAGAGGGUAGGGCCAUGGCCGAGAAAAUCAACGCUUUCGCCUACCUUGAGUGUUCCGCCAAGAGCAAGGAGGGUGUGAGGGAAGUCUUCGAGACGGCAACCCGAGCUGCAUUACAAGUAAAGAAGAAGAAGAAGGGCAGAUGUAGGCUUCUUUAAGAUGUAACGCCAAGUGAGCCCGAUAACAUGGGCGAAAUUUGUGGAAUUGCGGAACUAGCUGCAGCGAAGCUAGUCGUAAUACCGGAGACCCCCGUGGAAACUAUGAUACAACACACAGAGAGACACACAUACACAUACACACACAUCUUACCUUUAAUUAUUUUACAUAAUAAAACAAGUUUGCAACAACAAAAUGGAAAAAAAAGAGGAAGUGCAACCGUGUUACACGCAGAUAACGUAUACACAGCAUACAUACGUAUACACACACACACACACACACACACACACACACACACACACACACACACACACACACACACAAAACAUACUUAAUACACAAACGUAAGCAGUCGUCGACGGCAUUGAAGGACUUUGAGAAGCGUUGAAGUAAAAAAAAAAUUCAAUAUAAGUAUACCUUAUUAUUAUAUACGAAAACCUGUAAUGUAUAUUGUAAUGACCACCUUGAUUGUGUAUUUUUUAACAGUAAUGAAUUGUGCUUCGAGUUUAAA